AUGUCAAACUACGAUCUUGAAAAACAAGUUUCACAAGAUGAACAUCUUGAAACUGCAAACAACAACUCUCCUCCAGUGGGGUUGUAUGAUUCCCAAUCUUUUAACUCAAAUCAUGUGGUGCAUAAAGUUACCACAUCUGAUGAUGGUAACUACAUUUAUUUGGGAAAGAAGAAGUUUGCCAAAGAUGACCUCCUGCAAGCUUUCGGUGGUACCUUGAAUCCUGGUUUAGCCGUUGCCCCAAGUCAUAAAUUUGCCAACCCUGCUCCUGUAGGUUUGUGUGGAUUUGCCCUAAGUACCUUUGUUUUAUCAAUGAUUAAUGCCGGUGCAAUGGGUGUUUCAAAUGAUAGUGUUGUUGUUGGAUUGGCAAUGUUUUAUGGUGGAUUUGUCCAAUUUUGUGCAGGUAUGUGGGAAAUGGUUAUGGAAAAUACAUUUGGUGCGGUGGCACUUGCUUCUUAUGGAGGUUUUUGGAUGUCAUUUGCAGCAAUUUCAAUUCCUUGGUUUAAUAUUGCCUCUAGUUAUGAUGAUCCAAUUGAAUUCCAGAAUGCCGUUGGCUUUUAUUUACUAGGUUGGUCAAUGUUCACCUUUAUGUUGACCCUGUGUACAUUGAAAUCCACCCUUGCAUUCUUUUCCCUCUUUUUCCUCUUGGCAGUUACCUUUUUAUUGUUGGCCAUUGCAGAUCUAGGCAAAUCUCCAAAUUGUAAGACUGCAGGCGGUGUUGUUGGUGUCAUAGUUGCCUUCAUUGCAUGGUAUAACGCAUAG